CGUUGGUCCAUAAAUUGGAAAGUAUAUUCCCUUGCUACCACAAUAAAAGUCUCAUCUCUAAGUUUAAAGAAGAAAAUCACCAACCUAAGAAAAAGAAAAUGGGAUCAUCAGAAGCACCCAUUCACAUCCUCCUUAUCUCAUAUCCAGCACAAGGACACAUAAACCCUCUUCUUAGACUAGCAAAGUGUCUUGCUGCAAAGGGUUCUUCAGUCAUCUUCAUCACUACAGAGAAAGCUGGCAAAGACAUGCAAACUGUUAACAACAUCACUCACAAAUCACUCACUCCAAUAGGUGAUGGUUCUCUCAUUUUCCACUUCUUUGAUGAUGGUUUAGAAGAUGAUGAUCCCAUUAGAGCAAGUCUUGGUGGAUACUCAACACAGCUUGAGCUUGUUGGGACAAAGUUUCUUUCUCAAAUGAUUAAGAAUCAUAAUGAGUCAAACAAACCUAUUUCUUGCAUCAUAAACAAUCCUUUUCUUCCAUGGGUUUGUGAUGUAGCUUCUCAACAUGAUAUUCCUUCUGCUUUGUUAUGGAUUCAAUCCACUGCUGUUUUCACUGCUUACUAUAACUAUUUUCAUAAAACGGUACGUUUCCCUUCGGAAAAAGAACCUUAUAUUGAUGCUCAAUUACCUUUCGUAGCUCUUAAACAUAACGAAAUACCGGAUUUUCUACAUCCUUUUAGUAAAUAUUCAUUUCUAGGGACACUCAUUUUAGAACAGUUUAAGAAUUUAUCUAAAGUGUUUUGUGUAUUGGUGGAUAGUUAUGAUGAACUAGAGCAUGAUUACAUCGACUAUAUUUCGAAAAAAUCAAUCCUUACAAGGCCAAUCGGUCCAUUGUUUAAUAAUCCAAAGAUUAAAUGUGCGAGUGAUAUUCGCGGUGAUUUUGUUAAGAGUGAUGAUUGUAAUAUUAUAGAGUGGCUAAACUCAAAGGCAAAUGAUUCUGUUGUUUAUAUUUCUUUUGGUACUAUUGUGUACCUUCCACAAGAACAAGUGAAUGAAAUUGCACAUGGGUUAUUGGAUUCUAAUGUUUCAUUUUUGUGGGUACUAAAACCACCUUCUAAGGAAUCGGGUCGAAAGGAACAUGUUCUACCAAAUGAGUUCUUAGAGGAAACAAAUGAGAGAGGAAAAGUGGUGAAUUGGAGUCCACAAGAAGAAGUACUUGCUCAUCCUUCAGUAGCAUGUUUCAUAACACAUUGUGGUUGGAAUUCGUCGAUGGAAGCGCUUAGUUUAGGAGUUCCAAUGUUGACAUUUCCAGCAUGGGGUGAUCAAGUCACAAAUGCAAAGUUUUUGGUUGAUGUUUUUGGAGUUGGUAUUAGAUUGGGUUAUAGUCAUGCUGAUAAUAAAUUGGUAACAAGAGAUGAAGUGAAGAAGUGCUUAUUGGAAGCAACAAUAGGAGAAAAAGGAGAGGAGUUGAAGCAAAAUGCAAUCAAGUGGAAGAAAGCGGCGGAGGAAGCGGUGGCGACCGGUGGUUCCUCUGAUCGGAAUCUUGAUGAAUUUAUGGAAGACAUUAAGAACCGUGGCACUAUUAAUAUUCACAAGAUGUAAUAUAUAAUGGUAGCAAUCUCGUGGCACUUUUCACAUUUGUAUGCAAAAUCCAAAAUAGAAAUAUGUCUUCUUUCAAUUAAAGAGAGAGCACAAAAAAAAAAAAAAAAAAAAAAAAAAAAAA